AUGCACCUGUACAACCUGACUCUGCAGCGUGCCACCGGCAUCACACACGCUGUCCAUGGCAACUUCUCGGGCUCGAAGCUGCCCGAGAUCGUGGUGUCUCGCGGCAAGACUCUCGAGCUGCUGCGUCCCGACCCCAACACUGGCAAGGUGCACACCCUGUUGGCCACCGAGGUGUUCGGCAUCGUGCGCUCGCUCAUGUCGUUCCGGCUCACGGGAGGCACCAAAGAUUACGUGAUCGUGGGCUCCGACUCCGGCCGCAUCGUCAUCCUCGAGUACAACCCGGGCAAGAACCUGUUCGACCGCGUGCACAUGGAGACGUUCGGCAAGAGCGGCUGCCGCCGCAUCGUGCCCGGCCAGUACCUGGCCAUCGAUCCCAAGGGCCGCGCCGUCAUGAUCGGUGAGCGCAGCCAGCGGCCCCGGUCAUGGUAUUUUGAUGAGGCAGCGCAAGACGCCGACUCGGACCCGACCGGCGAGGCGGCGCAGAAGACGCAGCAGACGCUCACCUUCUACGAGCUGGACCUGGGCCUGAACCAUGUGGUGCGCAAGUACUCCGAGCCGCUGGAAGAGCACGCCAACUUCCUGAUCUCGGUGCCGGGCGGCAACGACGGUCCCAGCGGCGUGCUCGUCUGCUCCGAGAACUACAUCACCUACAAGAACCUGGGCGACCAGCACGACAUCCGCUGCCCCAUCCCACGCCGCCGGAACGACCUGGACGACCCAGAGCGAGGCCUUAUCUUCGUCUGCUCGGCCACGCACAAGACCAAAUCCAUGUUCUUCUUCCUGGCACAAACCGAGCAGGGCGACAUCUUCAAGAUCACGGUUGAGACGGACGAGGACGUUGUGACAGAGAUCAAGCUCAAAUACUUCGACACUGUGCCGGUAGCCGCAUCUAUGUGCGUUUUGAAGACUGGCUUCCUGUUCAUCGCAUCAGAGUUUGGCAACCACUACCUGUACCAGAUCGCCAACCUGGGCGACGACGAUGACGAGCCCGAGUUCAGCUCGGCCAUGCCGCUGGAGGAGGGCGACACGUUCUUCUUCGCGCCGCGGCCGCUGCGCAACCUGGUGCUGGUGGACGAGCUGGAGUCGCUGUCGCCGAUCCUCAGCUGCCAGAUCGCUGACCUGGCGAACGAGGACACGCCUCAGGUGUACUCGCUGUGCGGCCGCGGUCCGCGCUCCUCGCUGCGCGUGCUCCGCCACGGCCUGGAGGUCAGCGAGAUGGCCGUCUCCGAGCUGCCCGGCAACCCGAACGCCGUCUGGACGGUGCGCAAGCGGGCCGACGACGACUACGACGCGUACAUCAUCGUGUCGUUCGUGAACGCCACGCUGGUGCUGUCCAUCGGCGAGACGGUGGAGGAGGUGACCGACUCCGGCUUCCUGGGCACCACGCCCACCCUGUCGUGCUCGCAGCUCGGCGAUGACGCGCUCGUCCAGAUCUACCCGGACGGCAUCCGUCACAUUCGGGCGGACAAGCGCGUCAACGAGUGGAAGGCUCCGGGUAAGAAGACUAUCGUCAAAUGCGCCGUCAACCAGCGCCAGGUGGUGAUCGCGCUAACCGGUGGCGAGGUGGUCUACUUCGAGAUGGACACGACGGGCCAGCUGAACGAGUACACGGACCGGCGGACGAUGUCGUCGGACGUGGUCUGCAUGGCGCUGGGCUCGGUGCCGCAGGGCGAGCAGCGCUCGCGCUUCCUGGCCGUCGGCCUCACCGACAACACGGUCCGCAUCAUCUCGCUGGACCCCAGUGCGCUGCCGGCGGCGCCCGAGUCGCUCUGCGUGGUCGAGAUGGGCGGCACGGAGGGCGCCGACGGCGAGCCCGGCCUGCAGGGCUCUCUCUACCUCAACAUCGGACUCCAGAACGGCGUGCUGCUGCGCACCGUGCUGGAUCAGGUGACUGGUGACCUGUCGGACACGCGCACUCGGUACCUCGGCUCCCGGCCCGUCAAACUCUUCCGCGUGCGCAUGCAGAACAACGAGGCGGUGCUGGCCAUGUCCAGCCGGUCGUGGCUCAACUACUACUACCAGAGCCGGUUCCACUUGACGCCGCUGUCGUACCAGUCACUGGAGUUUGCCAGCGGCUUCGCCUCCGAGCAGUGUCCCGAGGGCAUCGUGGCCAUCAGCACCAACACGCUGCGCAUUCUGGCGCUGGAGAAGCUCGGCGCCGUCUUCAACCAGAUGUCGUACCCGCUCGAGUACACGCCGCGCAAGUUCGCCAUCCACCAGGACAGCGGCCACCUGGUCAUCAUCGAGACCGACCACAAACGCCUACACCGAGGAGACGAAACAGGCGCGCAAGCUGCAGAUGGCCGAGCACUGACGACCCCGCCCGUCGGCCCGCAGGAGAUGAAGGAGGCGGCCGGUGAGGAGGAGGCGGAGCUGGCCGACGAGAUGGCGCAGGCCUUCCUCUCGGAGAAUCUGCCCGAGACGAUGUUCGGCGCGCCCAAGGCCGGGCCCGGCAUGUGGGCUUCGGUCAUCCGCGUCAUGGAGCCGGCCGACGGCCGCACCACCCACCUGACCCGGCUCGAGCAGAACGAGGCCGCGCUCAGCAUCGCGCUCGUCAAGUUCGCCAGUCAGCCGGAGACGGACCAGUACGUGUUGGUCGGUGUGGCCAAGGACUACCAGCUCAGCCCCAAACAGGUCGACUGCGGCUACAUCUACUGCUACAAGGCACGACGCUGCAGGUUCGUGCACCGGACCGAGGUGGAAGACGUGCCAACGGCCAUCUGCCCGUAUCAGGGCCGUGCGCUCAUCAGCGUCGGCAAACUGCUGCGCAUCUACGACCUGGGCAAGAAAAAGAUGCUCAGAAAGUGCGAAAACAAGAGCAUCCCGAACCACAUCGUCAGCAUCCAGGCGCUGGGUCAGCGCGUGUACGUGGCGGACGUGCAGGAGUCCGUGUUUUUCGUGCGCUACAAGCGCCAGGAAAACCAGCUGAUCCUGUUCGCCGACGACACGAACCACCGCUGGGUGACGGCCACCUGUCUGCUCGACUACGACACGGUGGCGGCGGCGGACAAGUUCGGGAACGUGGCCGUGCUGCGUCUGCCCACCGGCACCAACGACGACGUGGACGAGGACCCGACAGGCAACAAGGCGCUGUGGGACCGCGGUCUGCUGGGCGGUGCCUCGCAAAAGGCCGACGUCCUCUGCCAGUUCCACAUCGGCGAGACGGUGCUCUCGCUGCAGAGGGCGACGCUGAUCCCGGGCGGCAGCGAGUCUCUCGUGUACACCACCAUCUCAGGCACGAUCGGCGUACUGGUGCCGUUCACUUCGCACGAGGACAUGGACUUCUUCCAGCACCUGGAGAUGCACAUGCGCUCGGAGAACGCGCCGCUGUGCGGCCGCGACCACCUCUCAUUCCGCAGCUACUACUUCCCCGUCAAGAACGUGCUGGACGGCGACAUGUGCGAACAGUACAACACAAUCGACAUGGCCAAGCAGAAGUCGAUCGCCGAAGACCUGGACCGCACCUCGAGCGAAGUGUCCAAGAAGCUUGAGGACAUCCGGACCCGCUACGCUUUCUAAGUGGCGGCGUCUGUCCCGUCGAUGGUGUCCGGG